UUGGAAACCAGAAUCCAGCGGGGACUGUGCAGGUGGAUCUGGCUCCCCAGCCAGCUUGGACGCAGACGCACCGGCACCUCACCUCACCGAGCGCCGCGCCGCACCAUUCUGCGCGGGCGGAGCGGAGCCGCAGCCCCACUCGGCGCCCAGGACCCACUUCCCACCACUGCCUCCGCAGCACCCAUGGGGACGAGCAGACUUUAAAGGAGUUUGGGGUUUCGGGAGCAGGGAAAUCACUGACCCCCGCUCCUGGCCCUUGCCUCGCCGCGUCAUUGAUGGGCAACCAACUGGACCGCAUCACCCACCUGAACUACAGCGAGCUGCCCACGGGGGACCCGUCUGGGAUCGAGAAGGACGAGCUGCGCGUCGGGGUCGCCUACUUCUUCUCGGAUGAGGAGGAGGACCUGGACGAACGCGGCCAGCCCGACAAGUUUGGUGUGAAGGCCUCCCCGGACUGUACGCCCUGCCCAGAGAGCCCCAGCCGCCACCACCACCACCACCACCUGCUGCACCAGCUGAUCCUUAACGAAAUUCAGUUCUCCGCCUUUCGGGGCCAGGAAUGCAUUUUUUCCAAAGUGAGCGGCGGCCCUCAGGGGGCCGACCUGAGCGUCUACGCGGUCACCUCUCUGCCCGCACUCUGCGAGCCCGGCGACCUGCUGGAGCUGCUGUGGCUGCAGCCGGAGCCCGAGCCGCCGGCUCCCGCCCCGCACUGGGCGGUCUACGUGGGCGGCGGGCAGAUCAUCCACCUGCACCAAGGCGAGAUCCGUCAGGACAGCCUGUACGAGGCGGGCGCGGCCAACGUGGGCCGCGUGGUGAAUAGCUGGUACCGCUACCGCCCGCUGGUGGCCGAGCUGGUGGUGCAGAACGCCUGCGGCCACCUGGGCCUCAAGAGCGAGGAGAUCUGCUGGACGAACUCGGAGAGCUUCGCCGCCUGGUGCCGCUUUGGCAAGCGGGAGUUCAAGGCGGGAGGGGAGGUGCCGGCGGGGACGCAGCCUCCGCAGCAGCAGUACUAUCUCAAGGUGCACCUGGGUGACAACAAGGUGCACACGGCCAGGUUUCACAGCCUGGAAGACCUCAUCCGCGAGAAGCGCCGCAUUGACGCCAGCGGUCGCCUGAGAGUGCUCCAGGAGCUCGCUGACCUGGUGGACGACAAGGAGUAGCCUGGGGGUGCCGCCUGCCCUUCCUGUCUCCCCGCGUGCCCCACCCCCUUCCCAGCAGCAGGGUCCCCCGGCAGACAAUUCACUACCCUAGUCCCCUCGCCAGCGUCUGCUGCGGUGGGGGGCCAGUGCCCAGCUGCACCCCGGCAUCCCUCCAGCAAGUGGCAGGAAGUCUCAGGAACUGGCCUUGGGACUGGGACUGAAAGGGCAGGUGUUUGCGCCUGGCUGAGACCCCCAGGGGGGGCGAUAAUCCUGUUGGGAAACCCAGCGUGCGUGUUCCCUUUGAGUUGUUGGAGGGAGAGGGGGAUGGGCCGAAGGGAGCAGGGGCUCGACUCUCCCCGUGAGUCGCUGCCCCGAGACUGUCACCCCACACUAGAAAGGCACCAUCACCACCCCAAACGCGCACACAACGACGAGUCUGAGGUGAGAAUGGGUAUUUCCAGGGCACAGUUCAGCUCCUGUAUGGAUGCGUCCCCAGACUGCAGGAUUUCCAAGAAAUCGAGCCUGUCCCUUACGCACUUGUGACCCAUCCCACAAGCGAGCACCUGGGCACUCCGGGUUCUCCCAAGGCAGCCCAGCACUGUUCCAGCCCUCCGGCCCCAGGUCUCCCGACGUCAAAUCCCAGGCUCCAAGCUAAGCUAGAUAGUGUUUGCUUCCCCUUCUUUCCAGCGAGGGAAGAACGCCACCCUCUACCUACCAGGCACAAGGGAAGCCUACCCCUCCGGAAGGAAAAGGGCACGGCUAAUUUGGUGAGGCUCCGGGGGCCCUGCUCCUGCCUCAGAGAAGGUUGCCCUGUGCUCUGGAAACUUGAAUUUGUGGGGAAGGGCACUUGUUGUUCUUUACCCUAAUUGCUCCCUCCUUGGGCUGCGUUUUAAAAAUAAUCACAUUUCUAAAAGGGUUGGAGGAGAGGGAGGGGGAAGUUAUGGCAACAUUCCAGAAACCAGCACUAGCAUAGCACCACAACUAGUAUAUUUAGCUUGGCUUUUCCUAACAUAGAAACCUUUGAAGGCGGGGAAGUGGAAAUAAAGUUUUAAAAUGGGGGGGCAGUUCCCCAACUAUGUCAACGAGGCCUAUCAUGUUGAUGUUUUUAUUGACCAGUUUAGCAACAUGCUAAUAAAAUUUCAAAUUGAAAUUUUUAUUUUCAUGGCUUUAAUCCAUGAUAGUUUAAAUCCUGGGGGCCAUUCAGGGUGGACCUAGCUACCAGCUUAGCUAACAUUGCCUUUUUGCUCUAUUUUUUGUUCUCAAAUAUCUUUGAGAAUUCUGUUUGUGAAUACUGUAGUUAAUUCGUCUGGCUUUGAACGGCAGCCCUAGUCACAGUGGAGUUGUUAAUGGAUAUGUAUAUUGUACUGAAUUGCUGUCAGUGAAGGGGUUUACUGCUUUGGUGGAAGUUGCUAGCAGGUUCCAUGGUGUUUGUUUUUCUCUCUAUUUUAAACCAUUACCAUUCCACAUUUCCAUUUUUUCAUUUUCUUCCUAUCUCCUUGAGCUUCUUACAAAAUGAAGCUAGACUCGGUGGCUUUCUCCGCUUCUUUGUGGCCAGUCCCACAAUUCAUUCCUGAACACCAGAAAGAACUCGUAAGUUCAGAAGCAGCGUGUGUAUUACAAAAAAUUAAGGGUCUUUGAUACCCCUUGCUCGAGCGGGAUUUAUCAGCUUCUCUCCCUGGGCUGCAGCCCCAGCGUGACCGUUAAUUCAGUGCAUGUCAUACAUCGAAAGCAUUGACGCCCCUUUCCAGGGAAUUUGUCAAAUGAUGGUGUUUAGCUAAUCAUUGCAAGCAAUUGCCGAUCGACAGCUGUGAUUUAGUUGGACAGCAAAUAUUAUGGCCAAAGCCAGUCUCUUGGCAUUUCAAAACUAAUGCAAUAAAAACUAGUCGAGGUUAGCUGAGACUGGAAAUGCCUUUUUCAUGGUAAAUGACUCAUUUCUGUUUUGUGUUUUGGUUUUCAUCCUGGAUUCAUUCCCUGAUCUUGAAUCAAAAGGUCAGAUCAAUGGAAUAUGAAGUAGAGUAUUUUUCUUAAGCCUAUUGAGUGAUUUAUUUUUUAAAAAAAAUGUUUAAAUGCAUAAUGCUUUUCUUUCAGCACAUACAAUGGCAAAACUUUUGUAAUAACUAACUCCCCUUCGCAUGCAUGGAGAACUGAAAGUCAUAGAUUUCCCUCACUUACUUCUCGUUCAAAUUGCAGGUGGCAGAUCACCAGCCAUGAUCCCUAACUGUGUCUGCACACCCCACAUUCUUUAAACUGUGCCCUCCUACUGUAUUUUGGCUUUCUGCUGUAUUAAACACCAUCCUAAGCAAUUGUU